UCAAUAUGUGUAUAAAAGUUUGUAAUGAUUUUUGAAUACAACAAUUUCCGUUCUGUGCUCCUGCAUUUUUGACAAGGCUGUCAAGUGAUGUUUUCUGUUGUGCAUUCAAUAUUUUUGGUUCAAAAUCAUUGAAAUAUCGUUUAUAUAGACUGCUAUGUAUCAAUACUAAGUGUUUAGCUGCAUGUCAAGGAACUAUUGGUUGAAAACUCAGUUCGUUCCGUCCAAUUUGAUCAGUGCAUUAAUCUCAAAGGUAAGGAAUUUGAGAAAUUUUUGUGCAUGUCUUCAUGAAUAGGCAGGAAAGCAUGGGCCUGAUUAGAAACUGGCGGGGAUGUAUUAGGCAAUCCAGAUGGAAAUGAAAAGGUUUAUAAAAAUAACUGAGUGUGAGAUGUUGCUUGACAACCGCCGACAUCCAGUAUUCCAGUCUUCACUUUCAUUUGCGUCGACGUCAAUGCUUACUGAAUCUCGAACCUUCUCCCAGAACACAUUUCUGCUCUGCGCUGGCUAGCGAGGGGCAGAGGUUUCUUGCCUGAUUCCGAGGUUUGGCAUCAAACGGUUGACAAAUUUCUGUUGCAAACAGAUUUCCUCUCAUUUGUAGGCUCAGGUCACCAAAAAUACCAAAAAUAUGGCUCGAGAUGAAAGUAGCUUUGCCAUCAAUUCAGGGCACAAGUAUCGUGUCCUAUCCAACAGUACACUGUCUCUUGGUCUUCAGACAGCAUAUCUCAUCAUCAGCCUGGUGUUGGCUGUGGGCUGCAGCCUGCUCCUCAUCUACCUGGUCUACAAGAAGGACUUUCUCCAAAGGCCUCGCCACUAUCUUCGGUGCAACUUGUCAAUAGAUGACAUCAUCUUCACUGUCUUCAUGAUUCCCACAGAACUCUGCCUUCUCUUCAGUCAAGAUGCAAGCGUUGCUCAAGAGGCCUGCUGGGUCCAAAUGCUGGCAGGGCGAUUGUCAUCAUCAUCAAUGUUUGGCACAUACUUUCUGAUGGCAGUAGAACUGUACUACUUCAUCUGCCAACCGCUGCAUUACCAUGGCAAAGUCACCACAAAACGCGUCGUGUUUGGCAUACUUGCAGUGAGGGCCUUUGCCCUGCUGUUCGGGGCUGGAUCGGCAAUCAUCCAACGGCUGCAGAACUCCAGUGGUGGCCUACAUCUGUGUCACACAGACCCCAUCACCAGCACCAGCACUGCUGCCAUAUUCUCAACCAUUUUCUAUCUUGGGGGAGCACUGGCUGUCCUUGCUAUCAUCACAAUCUACUGCCUUGUCUUCAAGGAGGCCAGGAAACAGCAGGAGAGGGACGAGAACCGAAACCUGUGGCUCUGCCAGACCAAGGCCUUCAAGACGUUGGCACCACAUAUCAUAGUUCUGGCUGUGCAGUUGGCAUCCUUCAUAUUCAUGAUUGCCUUGGCUCGAGUUUUGUACCAUGAAGAAGAAAAAGGUGUCUCACUCCUCAUUACCUCCCAAGUAGCCAAGCUGAUCUACCUGACGCUUUCGUCUGUGGUCAACCCCAUCAUCUAUGGCUUCAGGCACCCAGAGGUCCGACGAGCUCUGAGGGAGCUGUGUGGCAUGACACAAAACGUGCAUGCAGCAAUGGCACCACCUCCUGUACAGCGAGGCCAGGACAUGGAGAUGGCUGUCUUCAGCGUUCCUGAUCGUGGGCGAUGGGCUUCGCGCCGGAAAUUCAGGCCAACACCAUCCUCUUCACAUUCACAAGGAGAGGGGCAGCUUGAAGAGGAGACACCACUUCCUGGUUCACCCGAAACACAGGGAAAAGAAGGACCCAGACAAGCACCCCUUCAAGGAUGCUGCAAAGAGAAGAAGACCCAACCCAGCCGACCCACGGUACUGACCGUACAGGCAGAGAUACACCCCAGCCCACCACCACGUCGCCAACACCACGGACAGAAAACAGUGUCUCCUGAACAAAACAAACAGGGUCCAGGGAUGGUGGCAACUUCCACAUCUCUACCAGAAAUCCACAUAGAUUAGGACAUCA